CUCUCCUCCUUGGCUUGAAUUCAACACGUCAAUCUUCUCGCUCUGUAAUUCUUGACUAGUUAAAGUCUGUCCUUUUCACAAUCAACUCGUAAUUUCAGCUGCGUUGCAACCAUCACGAGAACGGUUCCCGUCAACAAGCUGUGUUCGAAUACCGGGAGUGGACGAUGCCCUCCGUCACCCACGAGAGGAUCCCUUCAGCCAAGAAGAGGAGGCGAGACGAUGUCGAGAAUUUGUACACUUCGGGUAACAUCCAGAUUCCAUUCUCCCACCCAGCCCUCGACACCACACGCGGAAUCCUAGCCGACAAAUCCUCCUACGAGAAUCCCACCAUACAUCAGCCUUACCCGCCAACCCUGCGCAAGAUAAUACCGAUCGCCAUCAACAAGAAACAACGCAUGUCCGGGUCCGAUGAAGUCCACCACCGAGAGGAUAGCCACCACGGCACGCAAGCCAAGUCCAAUUCUCCAACUGCUGCUUUCCACCCCCACCACCUGAAACAACACGCUUUGCUGUCCAAGAUCAAAUGUCUAGACAGGUGUCAUAUCUGCUUUCGAAAGCCGAGCAAGAAGGCCGACCUGGAUUCGUACGCCGACUGCCAAGGUUGCGGCCAGCGUACGUGCUAUGUAUGCAUGAGGCAAUGUCCCGGAUGGACAUCGAGUUUCCAUCAUCAAGGGCGACAUCACUAUACCGAAACCGGAGAACAAGAGGCGCAAGUGCAAGAUAUUCCCCUGGCGAGCUCAAGUCCUGAGAACUCGUUCGCGAUGCUGGAUGCGGACACAGAGACCGAGGUGGACUUGGAUGAGGUUGUCGAAAAGGAAAGUCCAAAGCUAAAACCAACGACUACUGGAUGGCAUGCCAACGGCCACCGGGAAAUGAUAUGCGGACAUUGCUGCGAAGAAAGAGGGGUCAAUGGGGAUGUGGUGUGUUUGGGCUGUUUACCUUCCUUUGGGGGAUGA